UUAUUUUUUUGUUGUCUCCAAUGUUGAUUUCAAUACGGGUUUUUCACUUGAUUUACAAUUGAAUUUUUUCUUCUAUCCGAGGCAAUCUUUUGCUUUCGUCGCAUUAUUAGUUCGGUUGCGUGUGUGGUGUUAGCAUUAUUGAAUUUUUUUUUAUUAAAACUUUCGGUUUACGUCUAAAUUAGAAAUACAUCGUUAUCUUAACGAUACAGUUUUCUUUUGUUUAUAAACAUUUGGCGCCGUUUUCAUACUCGCCUAGACCCCGUGGUUCAUCAAGUUUUAAUAUUUUACUUGUAAAGAAUUGAUGCUUGAUAAUCUUUGAGUGAACAAACAAUAUAAGAUGGUUUCUGAUAGUUGUCCUAACCCACAAAGUGUGGGCCGUGAAUUUGUUCGUCAAUAUUAUACUAUGUUGAAUCAAUCUCCACAUUACUUACACAGGUUUUAUAGCAGCGAGUCAUAUUUUGUGCAUGGUGGUUUAGAACCAUAUAGUCGUGAUAUGACACCUAGUAUUGGUCAGAAAGAUAUACAUAAACGAGUAACUGAAUUAAACUUUCGCGAUUGUCAUGCUAAAAUCUUACAAGUUGAUUCACAAAACACUCUUGGUAAUGGUGUUGUAGUUCAUGUUACUGGGGAGUUGUCCAACUGUGGACAGCCAAUGCGUCGUUUUGCCCAAACUUUUGUAUUGGCUGCACAGUCUCCUAAGAAGUAUUAUGUUCACAAUGACAUUUUCCGUUAUCAGGAUGUUAUGUUAAAUGAAGAAGAUAUGAAUGAAGAAGCUGACUCUGGACAGUCUGACGGCGAAGAAAACAUAGAAGUUGAGCAAACUUCAGUUAUUCAACAACCACAACAUCAAGUUAACUAUUACAAUAACUCCAAUCAAGGACAGGCUCUGAAUGGUGUUGGUUUGAAUAUUUUACCAACUCCUGUUCCAAUUCAGCAACUUCCACCUGAACAAAUUCCAGUUCAUGUUCAACAACACAUACCAACUGUUACUGCCCCAGUACAAAACUCAGCUCCAAUAAAGUCACCAAAUAAUAAUGUAUCCAGGACCCAACCAUAUAAUCAUAAUCAGUCGCCAGUUAUGGAACAACCAAAAAUUCAAAAAUCGGAUGAAACAAAUACUGUUACAUCUAAUCAUGUAGAUCCUAAAGAAAACCAAGAAUCUGUCAAAAAAGAUGUAUCAAACAUUGAAAAUUCUUCUCCUGGGGAUCAACCGAAACCUUUGUAUGCCCAAUUGUUUAAAUCUGGUGGAAGAUCUACUGAAGCUCAUUCUGAAACUCCUCAGCCUACACCUGCUCAGAUUUAUUCAUCUCCGUCUUUACCAAAGUCAGCUUCUCCUGUUCGAAACAAUGAUUACUCAAACAACACUUUUGGUAAUAAUCAAUAUGAACAGAGAAACAGUAUGAAUAGGAAUACUAGAAGUAACAAUACUUAUAACAGUAGAAGUGGUGUUGGUGGGAGAAGUAAUAUGAAUGAAAGAUCUAAUCGUAAUACUUUCAACAGUCGUGACAAUGGGUAUAAUAAUGGACCUGGUAAUGAUUCGAGAGUAAACAGAGGAGGAAACCAACUAGGAUCAUAUAAUGGCAUGUUCCAAUCAGAUGAUCAGCAACUUUUCAUUGGAAAAAUUCCUCCAAAUGUCCAAGAGAACGAUUUAAGGAACUUGUUUGAAAAGUUUGGUAACCUUUUGGAUGUACGAAUAAUGAAAGGAGGUAGUAAGACUGGUGGUGAUCCAUCAACAAAUGGUAAUUUUGGAUUUGUUAUCUUUGAAAGCAUUGAAACUGCUCAAAAAGUACUUAAAAGUCGGCCUAUCAUGUUUCCUGAUGAAAAUGGUGAUAUUAAACUAAAUGUAGAAGAAAAGAAAAAUAAGUCUAGAAGUUCAGUUACAAACUCAGAUAACAGUAAUAUUGGAAGGGGUGGUAUGCGAACUGGAAGUGGUCGUGGAAGUUUCAAUAGAAACCAAAAUGACGGCCCUAGAAACACCUUUAGGCGCCAAAAUUAAUGUAAAACUUUUUUAUUAUGUAAACAACUUCGAUAAAUCAUCAAAAUGACCAGAUAACAAUCCUUCUACAGAGAGACACUGUUCAAAAUUUAAAAAAAAAAAAGACUUUACUUUUAUACACUAUUUUUUCUAGAUAGUUAAAAAUUUUAUUUCUUUGCAUUUAUAAUUAUUAUUAUUCCUUAAUAAAUUAUGUAUCCAUUUUUAUAGCGCUUUAAUUAUAAAGUUAAUGCUCAUCAUAAAAUCUUGCAUCAAGAAUAUUAUCGAGAACUAGUCAAGUGAAGAAAGUUUAAACUAAAAUUUUUUUCCCAGUACAUGUAUUCUUAUCAUUUUAAUUAAAAGUAAAUGAAAUCCUCGCCUACGAUAUAUAUUCUUAUUACUUUAUGUUGUGUAAAAAAACAAAAUAUUAAUUUAUAAUAACAGAAUGAUUAAAAAACAUUUUAUAAUA